CCCCCCCCAUGCUGCUGCAGCCCGCGCCGUGCGCCCCGAGCGCGGGCUUCCCGCGGCCCCCGGCCGCCCCCGGCGCCAUGCACGGCUCGCAGAAGGACACCACGUUCACCAAGAUUUUCGUGGGCGGCCUGCCCUACCACACCACCGACGCCUCGCUCAGGAAGUACUUCGAGGGCUUCGGGGACAUCGAGGAGGCCGUGGUCAUCACCGACCGCCAGACGGGCAAGUCCCGCGGCUACGGCUUCGUGACUAUGGCCGACCGGGCGGCAGCUGAGAGAGCUUGCAAAGACCCUAACCCCAACAUCGACGGCCGCAAGGCCAACGUGAACCUAGCAUAUCUGGGCGCCAAGCCGAGGAGCCUCCAGACGGGCUUUGCCAUCGGCGUGCAGCAGCUGCACCCCACCUUGAUCCAGCGGACAUAUGGGCUGACCCCCCACUACAUCUAUCCGCAAGCCAUCGUCCAGCCCAGUGUGGUGAUCCCGGCUGCCCCGGUCCCGUCGCUGUCCUCGCCCUACAUCGAGUACACGCCAGCCAGCCCGGCCUACGCCCAGUACCCACCGGCCACCUUUGACCAGUACCCGUACGCCGCCUCGCCCGCCACGGCCGCCAGGGCGAGCGCUGGCCGCGCUUCGGGGUGCACACCCGCACAUGUGCCUCCGGAGACCCCGCAGGAGCCCCACCUGACCCCGGGUGGACUGGAGACCACUUCUCUCUAAAUCCAGGCCCCGCCACGUCUCGAGGGAGGACUUUGGGGAAAAAGACUGACCGAACGCUCUUCGAAGCUGCAACCCGGACCUCGCGCACACCGCCAGCCUUCGUCCUGCACCUGCCGCCCCUCCCCACACCCCAGGCGCCCGCAGGCCCGUCCCUCCAGCCCCCGGCCGGGCCCUUGCCGCCCUCCAGACUGGCUGCCCGACAGGCUGUGCAGACACUCGGUCCUGCUCAAGAUGCCUUAGUCCAGGGCCGCCCGGGAGCGCGGCGGGGGCGGGCUGUGCGCUGCAAGGCGGCCGUGGGCCGGAGCCGCUUCUCCGGAAUUCACAUCUUCUAAACCACAGCCUGCCCCCCACCCCCGGGGCUCCCGGGUGCGGCAGGGCCGCUGGUGACGUCCCUUUUUGUCGAAGCUGCAACUCUUUUCUUACUGUCAUCGUUUUGCUACUAAGAUGAUUUCAGAAUGUCAGUCUAUUUUUUCAACCGGAACUCCCACCACCAAGAAUCCAGAACCUAUUUUUGACUUUGAGAGACUCACUUUGGUCGCCGGCUCCGCCCGAGGACUCAGUGACAGUAUUUCGUGUGAUAAAACGUCUGCCAGCUGGAGGGCCAGGAGCCCCUCGGAGGGCAGGCGUCUCCAGGCCGGUCUUGCUAGGUGAUAGCAACUUGUCUCAGACCUCGUCCCCCACCUGAUCCACAGAGGGCGGGAAGGAGUGGGGCCCGAGGUGGUGCUGGCCGAGGGGCCGCAGUGGAGUGUCCUGGCCAGUGGCGGGGGGCCUCUGAUUGCAGAACCACACAGCCUCACCCACCCUCCGUCCCUCAUGGGGUCACCUGCUGUAUACCAGCCCUGGCGGUGGGGUUGAGCUGAGACCUGUCCCACCUGCCUUGGGGGCUCAGUCCAGGGUGGAGGCAAGACGUUCCAACAGGCCGUCGGGGGGCUCCUGGACAGGGUACCUGGGCUGUGCAGUGGACCCCCCCCCGCCCCCCGCUCAGAGGAGGAGGGGAGUGAGCCGAGGGGCAGCCUGGUAGAGGAGACAGGCAGAGGAAUUUGGGAAGGGCGGGCCGCAGAGUUGGGGGGCACUGGGGGUAUUCCUUCGGACCUACCUCAGGGAAGUGGGAGGCCUCAGGGGGCUGACGACGUGGGCAAGCACUUCGCGGCACGCCUGGUACAGAGUCAAGGCCCAGAACAUAAAGGUAGCUAAUAUUAUAAUAAUAUUUUUAUUAGAACGUUCUGAUUAUAAAAAUAAAACUUGUUUUCU